AGGAUUUGCGAAGUGGAACUGGAAGUCGGUGUUUGGUUAAUCGCUUGUACGGUUGCUGGUUGUGGUGACUGGUCUCUGGUGCUGCUUUUGUUAUGAAAUCUACAAGAGUGGUAUAGUGUAUAAUUAUUACAGUUGAUCGGUUUAUUUACAAAACCUUACUUUCAGUGCAAUGUGUGUGAAAUAAUCGAAAUCUUUUGCUCAUGUAAAUAUUUAUGGGACUAACUUAUCAUUUAGUGUAGUUGACGUAAGCUCAUCGUUUGUGAGCACUGAACUAUCUAGUUUCACCAUCCAGAACUCAACAUUAGCAUGUACGAAUUAGACGAAGAUCAAUAUGAGGAUGAAGAAGCGGAAGAGAUUUCCAGUGAACUCUGGCAAGAAGCUUGCUGGAUUGUUAUCAGCGCCUAUUUUGAGGAGAAAGGUCUGGUACGACAGCAGUUGGACUCCUUUGAUGAAUUUAUACAAAUGUCAGUUCAAAGAAUCGUUGAAGAUUCUCCACAGAUAGACUUGCAGGCAGAAGCUCAGCAUACUACUGGGGAAAUUGAAACACCGCCCCGCUAUUUGCUGAAAUUUGACCAAAUCUAUUUGUCAAAACCAACACAUUGGGAGAAAGAUGGUUCACCAUCUCCUAUGAUGCCUAAUGAAGCCAGGCUACGGAACCUGACAUACUCAGCUCCUCUAUAUGUAGAUAUUACCAAAACAAUUGUUAAAGAAGGUGAAGAUCCGAUAGAAUCACAGCAUCAGAAAUCCUUUAUUGGAAAAAUUCCCAUCAUGUUGAGAUCAACUUACUGCUUGCUUAGUGGUCUGACAGAUCGAGAUCUGACAGAGUUGAACGAAUGUCCUUUGGAUCCUGGCGGAUACUUCAUCAUAAACGGCUCAGAAAAGGUGCUUAUUGCCCAGGAGAAAAUGGCCACCAACACAGUGUAUGUGUUCAGCAUGAAGGAUGGCAAAUUUGCGUAUAAGGCUGAGAUCCGAUCUUGUCUGGAACAUUCUUCUCGGCCAACCUCCACUCUCUGGGUCAACAUGAUGGCUAGAGGAGGACAGAGUAUUAAAAAGUCAGCAAUCGGUCAACGGAUCAUCGCAAUUCUUCCAUACAUCAAACAAGAGAUUCCAAUUAUGAUUGUUUUCCGAGCCCUGGGCUUCGUGGCUGACAGAGACAUUUUGGAACACAUCAUUUAUGAUUUUGACGAUCCAGAGAUGAUGGAAAUGGUUAAGCCAUCUUUGGACGAAGCUUUUGUGAUCCAAGAGCAGAAUGUAGCUCUGAACUUUAUUGGAGCAAGAGGAGCUAGGCCUGGAGUCACCAAGGAAAAGCGUAUCAAGUACGCGAGAGAAAUCUUGCAGAAGGAAAUGUUACCUCAUGUUGGAGUGUCUGAUUUUUGUGAGACCAAGAAAGCUUACUUCUUGGGGUACAUGGUACAUCGACUGCUGCUAGCUGCCCUUGGGCGACGAGAACUGGACGACCGAGAUCACUAUGGCAACAAGCGUCUGGACUUGGCUGGGCCUCUGUUGGCCUUCCUCUUCAGAGGGCUUUUCAAAAAUCUCAUGAAAGAAGUGAGAAUGUACGCACAAAAGUUUAUUGACAGAGGGAAAGACUUCAAUUUGGAGCUUGCUAUUAAGACCAAGAUCAUCACUGAUGGCUUGAGGUAUUCAUUGGCCACAGGAAACUGGGGCGACCAAAAAAAAGCUCAUCAGGCCAGAGCUGGUGUAUCUCAGGUGUUGAAUCGAUUGACAUUUGCAUCAACAUUAUCCCACUUGCGGCGAGUAAACUCUCCCAUCGGCAGAGAUGGUAAAUUAGCCAAGCCUCGACAGCUGCACAAUACAUUGUGGGGUAUGAUCUGCCCUGCUGAGACUCCAGAAGGAGCUGCUGUCGGGCUGGUGAAGAACUUGGCUCUGAUGGCAUACAUCUCUGUCGGCUCCCAACCAUCACCCAUCCUUGAGUUCUUGGAGGAGUGGAGCAUGGAGAAUCUUGAGGAAAUAGCACCGUCUGCCAUUGCAGACGCUACCAAGAUAUUUGUCAAUGGUUGUUGGGUUGGUAUUCACAGAGAUCCUGAGCAGUUGAUGGGGACCCUGAGAAAGCUCCGGAGACAGAUGGACAUUAUCGUCAGUGAGGUGUCUAUCAUUCGAGAUAUCCGAGACAGAGAGAUCCGGAUAUACACAGACGCAGGUCGGAUAUGUCGACCUCUACUUAUUGUUGAGAAUGGACAGCUGUUGCUCAAAAAACGUCACGUUGAGACGCUCAAGGAGAGGGACUACAACAACUACGGGUGGCAAGUGCUGGUGUCCAGUGGCGUGGUAGAAUACAUCGACACAUUGGAAGAGGAGACAACCAUGAUAGCGAUGACACCACAGGAUCUGCAGCAAGAGAAGGAGUAUGCCUACUGUACAUCCUAUACUCAUUGUGAGAUCCAUCCCGCCAUGAUACUGGGGGUCUGUGCCUCCAUCAUCCCUUUCCCUGAUCACAACCAGUCGCCCAGGAACACGUAUCAGAGUGCUAUGGGUAAGCAAGCAAUGGGUGUGUACAUCACCAACUACCACGUGCGGAUGGACACACUGGCGCACGUACUCUACUAUCCCCACAAGCCCCUAGUCACCACCCGCUCCAUGGAGUACCUGCGGUUCCGGGACCUCCCGGCCGGCAUCAACUCCGUCGUGGCCAUUCUCUGUUACACUGGUUACAACCAGGAGGACAGUGUUAUCCUGAACGCUUCCGCUGUUGAAAGAGGUUUCUUUAGAUCAGUGUUUUUCCGAUCCUACAAGGAUGCAGAGUCCAAGAGAAUCGGUGACCAGGAGGAACAGUUUGAGAAACCUACCAGACAAACAUGUCAAGGAAUGAGAAACGCAAUAUAUGACAAGUUAGAUGAUGAUGGUAUUAUUGCACCAGGUCUGAGAGUCUCUGGAGAUGAUGUGGUUAUUGGGAAAACAAUGACACUGCCUGACAAUGAAGAUGAGCUGGAAGGAACAACGAAACGCUUCACCAAGCGAGACGCCAGCACUUUCUUACGGAACAGUGAGACAGGUAUCGUAGACCAAGUGAUGCUGACACUCAACUCAGAGGGUUACAAGUUCUGCAAGAUCCGUGUGAGAUCCGUGCGGAUACCCCAGAUUGGGGACAAGUUUGCCUCCCGUCACGGACAAAAGGGAACCUGUGGUAUCCAGUAUCGGCAAGAGGACAUGCCAUUCACAUGUGAGGGUAUCACUCCAGACAUCAUCAUUAACCCUCAUGCUAUCCCCUCUCGAAUGACAAUUGGCCAUUUAAUUGAAUGCCUUCAGGGCAAAGUGUCGUCGAACAAAGGAGAGAUUGGUGAUGCCACACCGUUCAACGAUGCUGUCAAUGUGCAAAAGAUCUCAACACUUUUGCAAGAGUACGGCUAUCAGCUGAGAGGCAACGAGGUUAUGUACAAUGGACACACGGGUCGUAAGAUCAAUGCUCAGGUGUUCAUUGGGCCCACAUACUACCAGCGCCUUAAGCACAUGGUGGACGACAAGAUACAUUCACGUGCGCGUGGGCCUGUACAGAUUCUUGUGCGACAGCCCAUGGAGGGCAGAGCUAGGGAUGGAGGGCUGCGGUUUGGAGAGAUGGAACGAGAUUGUCAGAUUGCUCACGGUGCAGCACAAUUUUUACGUGAGAGGCUAUUUGAGGUGUCAGAUCCCUACCGCAUCCAUGUAUGCAACUUUUGUGGGCUUAUUGCUAUCGCCAACCUUCGCAACAACACCUUCGAGUGCAAGGGCUGCAAGAACAAAACUCAGAUUUCCCAAGUGAGACUUCCGUAUGCAGCUAAACUUCUUUUUCAAGAACUCAUGUCCAUGAAUAUCGCUCCAAGACUGAUGGUCAUCUAACUACAUUUGUGUAAAGUUUACUAUUUUAAACUAGUUUUAUGUAUUAAUUUUGUUCAUUUUUUUAUUUAAUGAUUUUUAUUUCUAGGAUUAACCUAAUUUAUUCUAAUUUCAUGAAAUAAAAUGUAUUUAAUUAUUGUAAAGUUUUAUUGUUUCAUUCAAAGCAAUAGAUAAACUUCCAUUAAAAUUCUCAUUACACUAUGGUGUAUCUGUAAUAAAUAGUAUAUAUAUUUUCAAACACGUU